AUGUCAGAUUAUGAAGAUAAUGCAUUUAAUGAAGUAGCUGAAAAUUAUGAAGAUUUUGACGCACCUGAUCAUUUUUCAGAUAAUGAAAUAGAUGAUGGUGGUCAAAAUGGAGGAGAUGCAGAAAUUAAAACAGAAGAUGGAAAAACUAUAAUAAAUGGAGGUAUAAAUGAACAACAAGCACAACAAGUCCCAAACAUUAAACCAUUAAAAGAAUUAGCUAUACCUAAAGAGAAAAGAACUACUACUCCAUAUAUGACUAAAUAUGAACGUGCUAGAAUUUUAGGUACUCGUGCUUUACAAAUUAGUCUUAAUGCUCCUGUUUUAGUUGAUAUUGAAGGUGAAACUGAUCCAUUACAGAUUGCAAUGAAAGAAUUAGCACAAAGAAAGAUUCCAUUAGUUAUUAGAAGAUAUUUACCAGAUGGAUCUUUUGAAGAUUGGGGAUGUGAUGAAUUAAUUGUGGAUCAUUAG